AUGGUAGAUAAUCACAAUCAAACUGGAGAAAUUGCCAAUCAAGCAGUGGACACAGUUCAUAGUGUGGAUGUCAUCGGUGAUAGUGAAAAAUUUCAAGAUGAGAAACUAUCGGACGAGUUUAGAAACAUCGAUGCAAAGUCAGACUCUGAUGAUAAUGGAAUCCCAUUAUUAGACAAUGCUGACUUAUUCCCAGAAGGUGGAGUUAAAGCUUAUACGGUUUUAUUUGGAUCAUUUUGUGGAAUGAUUUCAUCCUUAUCAUUUCUUAAUGCGGCAGGUGUUUUGCAAAGUUAUCUUUUGGAAAAUAUUUUAACAACUUCUAACCCUUCAACUGUUGGGUGGAUCUUUUCAAUCAAUUCGUUCGUCCAAUUUGGUUGUUUGUUAAUUGUAGGACCAAUUUUCGAUCAUUUUGGAUGUAAGAUACCAUUAAUUUGUGGUUUGGUUUUUCAAACAGUAGGAUUUUUAUGUGCUUCUUGGGGACAUCAAACAUACCAGUUCAUUUUGAGUUAUAGUAUAUUAGGGGGGAUGGGAACCAGUUUAGUGUUCGGAGUUAAUAUUGGAGUUUUAUCCCAUUGGUUUUUGAAGAAAAGAGCUAUGGCUAUUGGGUUAAGUUAUAUUGGAGGUGCUAUUGGAGGGGCGUUAUUUCCCGUCAUGUACCAACAAUUAUUUCCAAAAAUUGGUUUUGGUUGGACUGUCAGAGUCGGUGUGUUGAUAAUUCUUUGUUUUGGUAUAUUAUCUUUAUUAACCGUUCAAGAUAGAAGAGAUGUUUUCAAUGAGACUGAUAAAGAGCUGAAGGACCCUUUAAUUAAACAAGUAUUCAAAUCUAUCGACAUAAGAGUGUUUAAAGAUAAAAUUUACACUUCUCUUGUGGUGUCGUUAGUAGGACAAGGGUUUGCAUUUUUAGUUACCAUGACAUAUUUAACAUCAUAUUCGGUAGCUCAAGGAUUUUCACCUUCAAAAUCGUAUUAUUUGGUGUUGACCAUAAAUUGUGUUUCCAUUUUAGGUAGAGUAAUCCCAGGGAUAUUUGCUGAUAUGUAUGGAAGAUUCAAUGCAUUAUGUGUUAUUGGAUUAUCUUCAACCAUAGUUAUUUGCGUUUUAUGGCUUAACACUAGAGUUAGUCAUACUUUAGUAGGACUUUUCAUUUAUGCGGGAAUUUUUGGUUUCACUUCCGGUUCUAUUUUAUCCUUAUCACCAGCAUGUGUAGGGCAAAUUAGUCAAACUAAAGAUUUCGCUAAAAGAACAGGUACUGCAUUUUUCGUAUUCAGUUUUGGAGAUUUAAUAGGAAUCCCUAUUGGAGGUGCUAUUGCCGGUGAUGGUAGUAGUAAAAGUUAUGAUCACAUGGUUAUUUUUGUCGCUGUGUCAUCUAUAUUAGGUACUAUAGGAGCAUUCAUAGCUAGAUAUUUGUACGGAGGAGCCAAACUUAGAAGGAUCUAA